UCUUUCUCAACACGAAUUAUAAACCUCUCGUAGUAUUACAAAUAUAUGUUUCUUGCAAUCCUUCUUUUAAUUAUCAAAAGAGUUUCCAUUAUCAAGGUGCUUGAGUACAAAAUUUAGGGGCUAACCUGGAUAAAUUAGAGCUCUUUAUCAACGACCUACAUAAGAAAAGCAGUGAUCUCUGAUAUGCCCACUACUUCACUCUCAGACAUACAAAAAUUUAACUCAAAAUCCAAGUUCUCUCCACUAAUUUCCUGCACUGCUUCAAAAUUUCUCUUGAGAAGACUUUGGUUGUUCUCCGUGUGACCAAAUAUCCUCAGCCAAGGGCCAAUGAAAUCUCCUAUAUGGCCAAGACUGGGUUAGUAUGCACCUGUGGUUGUGGGAUCGCUAAUACGAUGCAUGAUGAUAGUGGU